AUGACCUUCAAGUCAGCAAUACGCAUCGACUUGCCGAGAUUGCUUCUACUCAUAUCAUCAAUCUUCCUAGCCUGGUUCAUCUGGUACACCUUCUACAUCUGGUACAUACAAACCCCAAUCGCGCCUCCGAGCGCCCAGCAAAAGACCAACCUGCCCUGCACAGACGCCAACUGGUCUGCAGGAAGUGCCUUUUUCACACUUACAGCUUUGAUUUUUGGAUACAUCGCUCAUCCACGCGGAUGUCUAUUCUGGAAUCGUUCCGGUCGCAUCUGGCGGUUAUCGCCGGUUUUUGCCCUGAUCGAAAUGGAUGAUCAUACGGAUGUAGAGGCUGAAUUCGGCAGCAAUGGCGAUGCGAAUGAGAUGAAAACAUUGAGUGCGUACCGACGUGUCGGACAUUUUCCGCCAGGAAUUGAACGAGAGUACCACAGUACAUGCGACAGGAUAUUCCAAGAACAUCUGAAUAUCGUGGGCGAUUUUGAGAAAGGUCCUUCUUUUCGUGUUUUCGUAUGGUUCCCGAUGAUCCUGCAGGUAAUUAAGCUCGCGGUUGUGGGAGGACCAGGUGCAAUUCUUACCCAGGUUACCGGCUGGAGCUACUUUGGCGCAUGGCUCAGUAUCGAAAUUCUCAUGGUCACUAUUUCGCAACGACCGCUUACAGCACCGGAACGCGCGCAGGCGACAUCUCUGAGCAGGCGAUGGAGAAAGAGUUACGAGACUCCGGAUCUUGUAUCCUACUGGCUCGACAGGGUCUAUUUAUGGGGUCUUGAGAGAUUGAUGAUUUUUGACAUUUUACCGCCAGCAACGUUCAGGGUAACUCGUUACUCUGGUCUAUGCGUUGCAAUGUGUAAUUUCUUCCUGGCAUGGACUCUGUCUUCAGCCAGCAGUGGGGGAGAGAACCAUGAACCGGGCACAUAUCUCAGCCUUUUCGAAUGCGCAGUGCGAGCUCUGAAGAUUAUGGCUCUGUUACUUGCUACGGUGACUCCUGGCCUUCCACUGCUUGCUCAACGGGUGUUGCACUUUGUCUGGAAGAAUUUGAGAUCCGUUUUGUGGUUUGAUAUCGGCUCUUUAUGGUUUGAAGAUAGUCUCGGUGAUCUUGAGCCUCUGUGGCCGGGAUAUAUCGCGGUGUGUAGUUAUGUCCUCACCUUUCUGUUCCAUUCGGGCAUCUGGUGGACUGAGCCGUUCGAGUGCUGGGCGACGAUGAAACCGGGUUAUUACGAUUGGCUUGGUUGAUGAUAUAUCUCUCGGGAUAGAAUGUAGCUCAUAGAACAGUCAAUGCGGUGUCAGAUCAGGUGCUUAUCCUUGGCGAGGCACGGCUCAGUC